UUGUCUGUUUAUUUGUAUUCCUUGUGCAGAUUAUAAAUUUGUGUUGAUAUAAGGUCUGUUAUCAAAACAGGAGAAAAGUAAUCACAGGUUUCUGUGUGUGUUGGGGUGGGGGAGCAUGGAGAGGUGUGGCCUAGGCUCUCGAUAGCUUAACUGGCUUGACUGCAGAUUUCCUCUUGAUUGAACAAAGGGAGCCAGGGAACCCUCCAUCUGGAUGCCAAGAUUCUGGUGUCCUGGACGAACAAAAACACGUUUCUGAAGCUGAAGAAGAUCCAAUAUGUAGAAUUCAGAAGGUGUCCUUCCAGGACUGGGGUAGUACAGGACCCACCCUGAGUUCAUAUAUUCCUAAAUGCCGAUGUUCAUUGUAUUCUAUUAUUUGGGGCCAGGCCACACUUCAGGCCAAAUCCAUAUUAUGAAGACCUGGAGAGAAUGGAGGAGGCGGUCAUGUCAAUUCUGCACAACUUAGAGAUGGAGAACACUGAAAUCCAUGAGAACAACCAUAAGCUGAAGAAGGAGAUUACCUUCUCUAGAAACCUGCUCAGCCAGCUCCUGAUGGAGAACACAUGUAGGAAGAAGUUGGUCCCACUGAAGCAGGAGAGCAAGGAGGUACAUCUUGAUUGUGCACUGAACCAGAAAUAUUUGGUUGACUUCAACAAGAAAGAUAAAGACCACCAACGUCCAGACCCAGCAUCAUCUGGUCUCAGAAAGUGCAAGAGAGCUGGAAUUGGACACACCCCAGUAAGAGAGCUUCCUGAAGAAUAAGUUGCUUUCUCAGGAGUCCCUGAUGACAAACAUCCUGAAUGGUAACAAAUUUUUUGGAUGAGUAUUCUUCCUCAGAGUUAAUUUGUCAUUGCUUAGAGACCCUAAAUUUAUAUAUCACUAAGCCAGCCUGACUGAUUGAGGUCUUACUUUCUUCUCAGAAAACAGCACCUGAGAGACAACUUGGGGGACAGCCUUUCAUUAUGUGUGCAAGAGGAGAAACAGCAAUACAUCUGUGCUUCUAAAUGUUCCUUAAGAAUGUGCUGUUUAGAAAUAUUUUUGUUAUGAUUUUAAUUGAAAUUUUCUUUUUGUUGUUUCAUAUUUAUAUGUUCUUGUUACUGUUUUUAUCUUUUCACAUACUUUUAAAUAUUUUAAUUUAUUUGUUUUAAUCUUGUUUUGUUGUAAAAAUGAAUUCCUUAUGAAUAAAUAUUGAAUUCUAUCUCUUGACUCUUAAGACCAUCAUUCUUAUUAAAGGGUUCUGUCCCCUCCUGUGGACUUAGAACUGACAGCUGGAGAUGGAUCUCUGCAUGUUCCAUGGAUACUGGGCUAAUAAGUGAAUUCAAAGUCACCAAGGGGUACCCAGUGUGACAGUGUCUUUUGUGUGGAUAAUGUGGCUGUUUCUCAGACACACACUCUAUGAUGUAAUCACUGACAUGCUUUACUCAAUUGUUAGGGUCCAUGUGGUUCUUCUGAGAGAGCAGCAGAUGCUCUAUCCUGUGAGUCAUCGCCACAGCUCCUGCAGGUGGCUUUUGUUAUUCCACAUCAUGUACUGUAUUAGGUGGACAGGAUCACCUCCAAUCAAAUAGACAGAUCUCAGGAGAUGUGUGUUCACAGGGAACUUACUGAGCUGUGCGUGCUCAAUGUGUUAGCUUGCCAGGCAUCCCUACAGGGCUCUGGUGUUCCCACUGCUCAUUGUGGGCAGGAUCAUCCUCCAGCACCACUUAGUGUCCAUAUUAGAGCAGAUCUUUCACCUGUUAUCAAUGAUGACCAUAUGU